CCCAGUAAGCUCAGUUCUCUGUUAAGCUGCAACCGAGAUGCCGCAAACGUGGUUACUAGUUCUUUGCGAACUUUUGAUAUUCUUAUAUACAUUCGCCAAGGCGCGUAUGCUCCGAGUUCCAUUGGAGGUUCAGAGAAAGCCGGCAAGUCAGUUGUCCCAAAGUUUUCUUGCUACCCAGUCGCUGCAGCUGAUGCUAGACAAUAGGGACAAUGUGGAGUAUUAUGGGCGCAUUGCCAUGGGUACGCCGCCACAAUUGUUCAGGGUAAUUUUUGAUACAGGCUCGGCCAACACGUGGCUGCCCUCCAGCAACUGCCCAGAUAGCAAUAUAGCCUGUCAGCAGCACAGCCGGUAUAAGGCACACAAGUCGAAGAGCUAUGUGAAAAAUGGUCGCAACUUCUCGCUGGCCUAUGGCAAUGGCCAUGUAAGCGGCUACCUGUCGCAGGACACGUUACGAAUAGCUGAUGUAGUUGUGCCCGACCUGAUCUUUGGAGAGACCUUGUCGCAUCAUCAGGCUACCUUCAUCCCAACGAGCUUUGACGGCAUUGUUGGACUGGGUUUCAGACAAAUAGCCUGGAAAAACUCGACUCCAUUCCUGGAGCUGUUCUGCCAGCAGCAUCUGGUCAAGCGAUGCCUGUUCUCCGUCUAUCUACGACGCAUGGCCGGCGAGCUGUAUGGCGGUGAGAUCACAUUUGGGGGCAUUGAUCACUCCCGCUACAAGGGCGCACUGGACUAUGUGCCACUGUCCAAGGUAGGUUACUGGCAGUUUGUGAUGUCCGGCGUUUCUGUGGGCAACAAGAAAAUCGAUGGCAGAGUCAACGCAAUUCUGGACACAGGCACAUCACUGGUGCUAAUGCCGCGCCGCAUCUUCGAGCAGUUACAACAGGCCAUUGGGGCUACGAUUAAGAACAAAACCUAUAUCGUUAGCUGCCAUUGGGACUAUCUGCAAGAUGUUCAGUUCCACAUUGGAGACAGGAAGUAUGCACUUACUGCAGCAGAUUAUGUGGUUAGUCUAGAAACGGCAAACGAAACGAUCUGUGCGAGUGGCUUUGUGCCAAUUGAGUCCGACUUUUGGGUGCUGGGCGAUAUAUUCCUGACGCGCGUCUAUAGUGUUUACGAUGUGGAAGCCGAACGCAUUGGAUUUGCCGAAGCAGUCCAAGAUGAGGACUAGCCAAAAACGUGAUCAUAACGUAUUAUAAUAGAAGAAUUAUUGUAUGAUUGCUUAAUAGAAUAUUUAUAAUUUAA